CGCCAGUAUGUAACGUGCUGGGUUUGCCAGAGAGAAAGAAAAUAAGAUGCUAUGAAGAUAAAUCCAGGCUGCGCAACGCUCGUUGUUUUUAGAAAGGAUCGACCGACUGAGUUUGGGAAAAAAGAUUUUUUUUCUCGCUGUCUUUCUCUCCCCCUCCACCCCCCCGAUUCGGGGAGAGAGGGAGGGGAAGGUUGGACAAGAGUUUGAGCUUGCUAAAUCAAGCGUGAUGUGGAACACUGGAGUGCAGCUAUAGUUUACAGAGAGGGAGAGGGAAGGGGAGUCUGUGAGAAAGAAAGUACUUUGACAAUUUGCAUUUGGCCAAAAAAAACCGCGGCAAAUUUCUGUUCUAUGUGAGUUACAAUUGCAAGGAUUCCAGGACAAAGGGGAGGGAGGGUGGAUAGAAACUUCGGUUCUCCGGCUGAAUUGCUGAAUUCUCCCCGGAUGCAAGUUUGUUUUGGAGUUUUCUGGAAUAGAUUUUUGACUUUCUCGUUGUGGAAAGCGGGGAGAUUUGGAGGGGAGGGUGGAGGAAGUGGGUGGGAGAUCACUGCACCCGCUGUUAUGCAACUCAGAAGGGACUCUGGAAAGCAGAUUGGGGAGACGGUUUCCGGAUGUAUCCGAUCCGGUCGCUCUGAGCCAGGGAGCUGCGGAUGGUGUUAAAGGAUGCCCCAGGCCGUGAGGGUCAGUUGGUACUCGCUGGCGAUCUUGGCUUGUCUCAGCUCGGUGAGCGGAGCUGAGCCGGUGUGUUGGCAAGCGGUACUCCGUUGUCAGGAGGAGAAGGACUGUAAGUGGGCUUACAGCCAGUAUAGCGCCGCCUGCGAGCCCUUUCUCAAGGGGCUGAGACGCCAGUGUCCGAGCCACUGUAUCGGCGCCUUGGUCAAACUCAACCAGACUCAGAACGGUCCCGACCUGGAGAACUGUGACUGCGACCAGGACGUGCAGUGCAGGCGGGCCAAGCGGGCCAUCGAACCGUGCAUGCCCAGGCGGUACAGGGGCCAGUCGCCGGACGCGGCCGACCUAGGCUGCACCGCCGCCCGGCAGCGCUGCGAGGAGGAGUCGGUGUGCCACGGUGCCAUGAAGGACUACCUCUCCAAAUGCGGGCAGCUCUUCAAUGGCAGGCGCUGCACCGCCGUCUGCAAGAGCACCAUCCAACACUUGCUGUCCAUUCCCAGUGGGAUCUUGCUGAACACAUGCGUCUGCGACGGGGUGGAGAGACCCUUCUGCGAGGUGGUGAAGGAGAACAUGGAGAAGUUCUGUUCCAUCGAAGGCCCCUCGCUCUUUACGGCCACCCCGGACUCGGAGGAGAACUAUGAAUACGAUGAUUAUGAAAUGAACAAAACGGAUUUAAGGCCAGAAACUACAGACGGAGUGGACUCGCCCCUGAAUGACUCUGCAGGACUGGAGACACACACGUGGUGUGCACUCCUCCUCCUACUGAACUUGUGGUUUCCCUAAUACUUUGUGCAAACAAUUAUUUGCAGGUUUGUGUGUUUUUAUUGUCAGUUUUAAUUAUUUGUAAACUCUGUGUGUAUCAGGCACCGUGCGCCUCUGGUGUUUACAAAACACUUCACUGAAGCUGGGCACAUCACGUGCUGAUCAAAUUAAAAACUUGGGUUAUACAGUCUUCCUCAUAGCUUCCACCUCCCGUAAAUCUUUUUUUAACAAAGAUUUAUUUUUUUAAAAAAUCUCACACGUAUAAAACGGAACAUUGUAAAUUGCUCAUCGAAGCCGCCUUGGGACUUGGUUCGAUUUGAAUUUAAAUAAAACGAGAGAAAAGGCGUGUACAAAAUGUUUCUUUUCGAUGGUUCAGCUGAUCUUUAACGCAAAUAAAUGGCUAAAGCUUGGGUCACUCGAUUUGCAACUUUUCGACAACUUUUGUAUAAACGACGGAAAUGUUUUUUUAAACACUGUUUAUGGAUUUGCAGCCAGUACUUUUUUAAAAAAAGAAACAAAAAUCAGGUUACAGUUUUGUAUCUG